AUGGGCCGCCCGAUCGCGCCAUGCCACCGCCACCAGGUGACUAAUAAAUACAAACGAAUCGUCUUUUUGCCCACCACCAUUUCGGUUCUAUUACCCCGCGGUGUCCACGACUGUGUGCAACAAAACCCCCUUUCAACCAGACCACGACAGCUACUCGGUCUGCAUAUGGGAAGACCAACGUCGAUUGUACAGAGAGAAGGUAAAGAGCGGCACGCGAUCAUGUUUAUGACACUGAAAAGCUCCGGCGAUGGCGGUAACGCCGGCAUGGUGCAGGUUGCCUCGAGGCACGCCGGUGUGGGCGGGAAACGGACGCGUCGGGGGUCGAGCAAAAACUCCGAUUACCAGCAAGUCCACACAAUGAAUACCCGUGCUUCUGCGCGUCCCGAAGAUUCACCCAGUUCUUCCAGAGGCUGUGACAAAUGUAGUUCGUGCACAAAGUCUCGCAACGGUGCCUUGGACGACUCCAUCCGCAGCUCCCUGUCAGAUAACCACAACCACACGUUGGCGACUAGUAUGGACCAUGAUGCAGUGGAUGCAACGUACCACCGCAACAACCUGCAGGACGUUCUCAACUUGUCUGAAGCCGCAGAGACACUGACGCGUUCAUUGUCGCCAACCAUGCCGACUCCGACGUCUUUCGACAGCCUCCUGGAAGCAUCAGAGUCUCCCAUGCCGCUAUCUCUGUCUCUGGAUGAGUUUCUUACCUCCGACACGGGAAGCUCAAACGGCUCCGGAGCUUGUUCCUGCACCAACAACUUGCUCAAGAUCGUCCAGCAGUUCGAUGACGACGACUUUGGGCUGACCUCGCUGUCGUUGGACGAAGUAAUGAAACUGCAGAAGUGGAUACUCUUUCAGUGCUGCCAACCUCUCGACUGUCCGUCUUGCCAAGCACUGCCAGCCGUUCAUACCGUUCUUUUAAUCAUCUGCGACCGCAUGACCGAGAUAUUCGAAUGUAUCGAGAAGCGCAUCCGCCGCACAAACAGCCAGCCUCACAGGACAAAAGGGCCAAACGAGACGAAUUACAUGACAGACGGCAUCAAUUUUACGUCGGUCGAAGUGAGACAGUCGUCAGGCAACCUCUUUGACGCAUCCACGGGCAACGUUGCCGGCCAAAUGGACUGCAACCCCCACCUCUUCUCGCUCGAAUUCCAGAGGGGUUACUCGGACGAGGAGCAGGUCCACAUGAUACGGGUGUUGCUGAAGUUGCAAAUACGCAACUUUCGCAGCCUGCUGGUACGUGUGCACGACGCCAGUCAGGCCUCGAGCAGGGAAGCGCGCAAGUCCAAGGUGAAGUCGCUCACGACGAGGCUGUCGACGGCUGAGAUUGGGAUUGAGAACUCAUUACGAGACACGCUCAAGAAGAUAAUGGUCAACAUGCCCAAUACUGACUUUGUGCGGUAG